UCAAAAGUCAAUUUUCUUAAAUUUUAAGUGGAAAUAUUAUCUAUUUUUUUUUUAGUCGCAGGAAAAUGCUGGAGGAAUGCUGCCCAACUCUAAGCUGAAGGUCCUCUUCAUGAAUGUAUUUUUCAUACUCUUCAGUGCAGCCAACUUGAAUGUCUAUCAUCUUUAUGCUGAUCUAAAGAGCGUCAAGGUUCAGGUGGAUAGCUCCACGCAGGAGUUAUGGAUCAAGGAGAUAUUUAUAUUUCUCAUCGGUGGCCUUAUCGUGGUGCGCUUCCUCCUGUGCUUUGUCGGCGUCGCUUCCAGAGUUGUGGCCAUUUAUCCGAUUCUGACCAACUCUCAGGCCGAGCUGCUUAUGCCUACCAUUAUUGUGCAGGCCAUAGACAAUGUCAUACUAAAUCUUUACGAAAUUAUCCUGGCCUAUUGCAGCUUGUGCUAUCUAUAUCCUGAGAGUACCGCCGUUUUUGUCAUCUUUCUAUCCAAAAUGUUAUUAAAAAUUGCCUGCAGUAUCGCCGUUUUGAACAUCUACUCGGAUCAGCACAACCGUUUGGCCAGUUUUGUCUCCUUCAAUGAGGAAUCUAACAGCUUGGAACCGGACAGCGUGGAUGAAGUUGUACUAGCAAAUCAUAACUUGUUUUAAAUAUAUACAGUUUAGGCUUUA